GCUCAAGCUUCAUUGUCUAUCGAUAACGACCACUUAGCUAACCAGCGCUUCACUAAAUAAAAUUAUUGAAUUUUCAUAAUUCACAUAUCCCCUAUAACUACCGCCAUUACAAUGGUCUGGAGCAUACCAUGUCGAAAUCAUGGUCGGCAACGGUGAAAUUGCCGAAGUCUACGUUCCCUCCGAGACCUCUUCCUAAACUCCGGGAGCAGUACAUUCAGCGAUGCGCUGAUAGUCUCUAUGAGUGGCAGAGGCAAAAUCGGCCUGCUGAUGACACAUUUGUGAUUCAUGAUGGCCCUCCUUACGCCAAUGGCAGUCUUCAUGUCGGCCAUGCGCUGAAUAAGAUCUUGAAGGAUAUGAUUCUAAGAACGAAAAUACAACAAGGCCGAAGAGUAGAUUAUAUUCCAGGAUGGGAUUGUCAUGGACUUCCAAUCGAGCUCAAGGCUCUCGAGAAGUCUGAGGAGGCUAAACUUACCCCUAUCGAGAUCCGGAAGUCCGCUCGUAACCUGGCAUCCAACACUGUCUUGAAACAGAUGAAGGGAUUUCGGUCUUUCGGCGUCAUGGGCGACUGGGACCAGAGAUGGACUACGAUGGAUGCCGCGUUUGAGAUCCGCCAGCUUCGUUUAUUCCAACAGAUGAUCAAGAAGGGCUUGAUCUAUCGUAGGUUUAAGCCCGUAUACUGGUCACCCUCUUCGAAAACUGCCUUGGCCGAGGCCGAGCUAGAAUACCGAGACGAUCAUAUUUCGAAUUCAGCCUGGAUCAGAUUCCAAAUUGCCGAUGAGUGGAGGUCGCUCCCCCAAUUCCAAGAAUUCCAGGCCCUGGUUGAGGGACAGUUGUACGCUGUGAUAUGGACCACAACUCCCUGGACGUUACCCGCGAAUAGGGCAAUUGCUAUUCACGAUGACUUAGAAUACUGUAUUGUUCUGUCUGGAGUUAAUGCUCUGCUCGUCGCUAAGAGCCGUCUUGAUACGUUUAUCUCUAAAAUCGGCGCGAAAGACCAUGUUGUGGUUCUUGGUACACUCGAAGGCAGACAGUUAGCCGGUUUGAAGUACGUCAACCGACUUCGCGGCAAGGCCGGUACUCCACAACCCAUUAUACAUGCAGAUUUUGUAUCGGCAGACUCGGGGUCUGGACUCGUACAUCUCGCUCCCGGUCACGGUUUUGACGACUAUGAAGUCUGUCGCUCGCAUGGUAUUCCCGUGGUAGCUCCGAUUGAUGAUCACGGCAGGUUCACAGAGGAUGCUUUCCCCGAUCUACCCGAAGCACUACUAUCGGCCCCUUCAGUGAUCGAAGGUGGCGGUAAGGAUGUGCUCAGUCUUCUCCAACUGCAUGCCGACGUUUUAUGGGCAGAAAAGCACGAGCACAAGUAUCCCUACGACUGGCGAACGAAGCAACCCGUAGUUAUCCGAGCUACCGAGCAGUGGUUCGCUGAUGUUGGAUCCAUCAAGCAAGAGGCCCUCGAAUCCAUAAAAGAUGUUCGAUUCAUUCCGGAAUCUGGUAGAAAGCGGCUUGAAAGCUUCAUCCAGGGCCGAAGCGAGUGGUGCAUAUCUCGACAGCGUGCUUGGGGUGUUCCUAUUCCUGCUCUAUACGACGACAAAGGUGCGGCCGUGGUAAAUGAAGAAGUGGUCGAACAUAUCAUCUCUGUUAUCAAAGAGAGAGGCACACAAGCUUGGUGGUCGGACGCCCCGGACGACACAGCCUGGAUCCCGCCUUCACUAAGGGAUCAGGGGGAAUACCGACGAGGGACAGACACUAUGGAUGUAUGGUUUGACAGCGGGAGUAGUUGGACUAUGAUGCCAGGCCGCGCAGACGUCUACCUCGAGGGAACUGAUCAACACCGUGGAUGGUUCCAGUCCAGUCUUCUCACACGAAUUGCUGCAGGAUCACAAGCAGAUGCACGUUUCGAGAAAGGGGCCCCUUUCAAACAGCUGAUCACGCACGGGUUCACUCUUGACCAAGACGGAAAUAAAAUGUCUAAAUCAUUGGGAAAUGUCAUAGGGCCGCAAGAAGUCAUGGACGGUACUAUCGUGCCACCUAUCAAACCGAAGAAAAAGCAAGCAGCAGCUCAGGGACAACCUACCUACGAUGCUCUAGGUCCAGAUGCUCUAAGGCUGUGGGUAGCUAGUAGUAAUUAUACUCGGGAUGUGGCUAUUAGUGCUCUAGUCCUCAGCCAAAUCCAUGCGGCCUUGAUCAGGUAUCGAGUCAUCGUGAAGAUGCUACUUGGUUCAAUACAUGAAUCCGCCCGAACCGCACCUCUGACCGCGCUGGACCACAUCGCCAUUAUACAGUUACAAGAUACCAUGCAAGAAGUGGGAGAAGCAUUCGACAAUCAUGAGUUCUAUAAGGGGUAUUCUGCCUUGAAUAGAUGGGCAACAACCGACCUGUCGGCAUUUUACAUUGAGGCUCUAAAAGAUCGACUCUAUUGCGGGGACGGCGGAGGCGUCAUUGAGCCUAUACUAGUAGGCCUUCUGAGGAUGCUGGCACCAAUGACGCCAUUGCUCGUCGAGGAGGCGUGGGAUCACCGCCCCGAAUGGGUGAAACAAGACCCGUCUUUCGUAUAUCCAUUUCACCAAGUCUACACCGACCCUAUAAUUGAACCAAGUCGACUCACGCGCGAUCUAACGUCACUAAGAAGAGACAUCCCGGUACUUAUGUCCGUCCACGCCGCUGUCAAACCGGGACUCGAAGCUGCCCGAGCCGACAAGGUCCUGGGCUCGUCCCUGCAGAGCUCAGUCAACAUCGUCAUCGAGGAUUCCGCGACGUUGGAGGUACUAAAUAAAUACGCAGACGAGUUACAAGACAUGUUCGUCGUCUCGUCAGUCCAGAUCAACGCCCCGCCCCCCGCGGACGCGAAGUGGGCUUAUACCCAGGAAUUCGAAGUCGGCGGCGCUAAGGGGAAGGCUGUAGUGCUGCCCCCUACGCAGGCCAAGUGCCCCCGCUGCUGGCGCUACGUCGCGCCUAAGGAGGACGCGUUGUGCCAGCGGUGCGAGGAGGUCGUGGGUUGAAUGUAUAUAUCCCGCUCUACUUAGACGUGUACAAUACAAAAGAUAUGGAAACCCACUGCCACGGUUUCAUGAUAAGGUGUAUUGCGAUUUGCUACAUACCAUAUGUGGAAUGAGGGAAACUCCGAAGUUGCCCUCUUCCCCUCUAGGUUUAGACUUAUAAAUACAUUAGAUCUUUACCCGUCUAGUAAGAUUGAUCGUUCAUCUUUGCAAUCAAUUCUUGAGGGCGACGUGAUGGUCUAGGAACUGCGUGCUCAUGAUCAUGUCAUAUUUCAUAUUGAUCACAAGUAAUCCUGGCCUUUGAUUCCUGAAUCUUGGAUCAAAUGAAGUAGGUGCCUCGAUUGUUCCCUCUGCGAUCUGGGAUCUCAUCCUCAUCAGAACUAGAAAUCUAUCGUGGGUCCGAAACCGUCUACCCUAAGUAUUCAUUCGCGAAGAACAGAGCAAAGUCGUUCCGUGGUUUUAUCUGUCUUUGUUUCAUGGGACAUUUGAAAACCCCUGAUUUGAGGGUACGUGAUAUUGUCCAC